GCUAUUCAUCGGGUCUAUCCAAGGCUUCAACCAACAAUUAGUAACUUGACAGCAAUUCCAAAAUUGAACUUGGAUGGAUAUGAUCGUGAUGUAUAGAUUUGAAAUGGAGCUUCUAGAGGUUUUGUGGGAUCAAAGGAAGGAAUGAAGAUUAACCACGAACGAAUCUAACAAAAAUAAUGGAGAAAGGUGAACCAUCGGGUGUGUUGUACGAGGAAUUUGAGCCUUUCUGCAAAUGGAAAAAACUCGAAGACUCUGACGUUCUUGAGGUUCAUCUCCCAGAAUUUAAGAAAGAAGAAUUGAGGGUUCGGAUAAAAAACAACUCUAUCCUGACGCUUUCCGGUGAGCACCUGACAGCCAAAGAUGGGAAGAAAAUGCAUUUCAACAGAGAAAUCAAACUCCCAAAGGAUAUAUACCCAGACGAAAUUCGUGCUAAAUUUGGUGGCAAUGUUCUUUCAAUCACAAUGCCUAAGAAAGCUAGCCCGCCAGAAAUCAGCAAACCAAACCCGGACAAUGCCUCUGAGGAUAAACUAACACAAUCCAAUGGUAAUGGUAAGCCAAAGAACUUCAUAUCCAGGUUAAAAAGUCCAUUGUCGAGGUUGAAAUUUAGCAAGGAAACGGCAACGGCUAUGGCAGUGGCGGUGGUGAUUCUGGCCGUUGGAGUUUACUACUUGAUUAAAAACUAAGAAUGAAGCAUAUAUAUAUAUUUCUUUGUGUGAAAUACAUAUAUAGAAUCAAACCUUUACAAAUUUCAAAUUGAAUUCAUGAAUAAACAAUUCAUUUGCUAAGAUCCUAA